AUGCAAGUAUACCAAGAACAAGCAUGGCACGAAUCAUUAUGUGGCUGUUUUAAUGAUCGACAUAUAUGUUGUUAUGGAUUUUGGUGUUGUUGUUGUUUAUAUGGUCAAAAUGCAGCAAAAAUUGAUAAUCAUUCAAAAUGUUUAACUCAUUGUUGUGUGUAUAGUUUAAUGAGUUUAUUAGGUUGUUGUUGUCUUAUUCAUACAGUUAGACGUGGACAACUAAGAGAAAAAUAUAGUUUAGAAGAAGGUAUUUGUGGAGAUUGUUUAAUUACAUGUUGUUGUCCACCAUGUGCUAUUUGUCAAGAAGCUAGAGAGAUGAAAAUUAGAGGAUAUCCACCACCGCCAAUAAUUAUAAUACAUCAACCUGUUGUGUCUGUAUCAAGUUUAGCUGAUAGCAGUAAUAUUAAUUGA